UAGCUUUUACAUAUUUUUAGCUCAGGGAAUUACAGCAAAAUUGCUGAAAACUGCUAGCAGGUUAGGCUGCUAGUUAAACCAUUGAACGGGAUGUCAACCAAGCGAAGACGAGCCACUUCUCCCUGCAGCAGCGUCAGUGGUGGGGGAGACCACGACGAUAACUCUUCAUCGACUCCCGGACGAAAAAGAAGAAAAGUUUCCAAUACCAAUGUUCCUCCUGUUGAUACGAUUGCUGUUUGUCAUGAGCUGUUCAAUGCUGUCAAAGACUACAAGGAUCAUCACGGGAGGCAACUUUGUGAAGUUUUCCUUCGGGUGCCAAAAAGGAGGAAUCAGCCUGAUUAUUACGGAGUGAUCUCCCAGCCGAUUGAUAUGACAAAGAUUCAGUACAAGCUGAAGUCAGAAGAGUAUACUGAAGUGGAGCAGCUUACUUCAGAUUUUCAACUCAUGUUUAAUAACGCUCGGUCAUUCUACAAGAGUGACAGGGAAGAAUAUCAAGCAGCAUGUAAGCUGUGGGAAGUAUAUUUGCAAACAAGGAAUGAGUUUGUGCAGCCUGGAGAUGGAGAUGAUGAAGAGGAAGAUGGUGAUGACGUGACUGAUAAUUCUGGAGUUGAAUAUACAUCAGCUAGCAGCUUGAAAGAAGUACUAGAGCAACUCUUGGAGGCUAUAGUGUCACACACCGAUCCCUCAGGGCGAGCAGUCAGCGAACUUUUCCAAAAACUGCCUUCUAAAGUGCAUUACCCAGACUACUAUGCCAUCAUAAAGGAGCCAAUAGAUCUGAGAGCAAUCGCUCAGAGGAUACAGGCUGGAUACUAUAAAACUGUUAAUGCUAUGGCCAAGGAUGUUGACCUGAUGGCCAAAAAUGCCAAAACAUACAAUGAACCAGGAUCUCAGGUUUUUAAGGAUGCUAACACAAUAAAGAAAAUUUUCAUCCAACGCAAAACUGAACUCGAACAUGCUGAGCCUACUAAAUCUAGCCUCCGCAUCAGAAAUCGCCGAUCUGGGCAGGGCGAUCGAUUUCCUGGUGCUGCUCCUCAGUACGGUUCAGAGAGUGAGGAUGACCCUGUUCUUUCAGGAUCUGUGUGCUAUGACGAGGGCGAGUCAGAGGCCGAGAGCCAGAGUUCAAGUAUGGAGAUGAGCAACCCCAUCUUCCAACUUUACGAAGCUGUGAGAGGAGCCAGGAACAAUCAGGGACAGGUUUUCUCUGAACCUUUUCAGCAACUCCCCUCUCGCAGAGAGUAUCCUGAUUAUUAUCAGCAGAUCAAAACACCAAUUUCUCUGCAACAGAUCAGGGCGAAGAUGAAGAAUGGUGAAUAUGAAAGUGUGGAACUGAUGGAGGCAGACCUCACUUUGAUGUUUGAGAAUGCAAAGCGGUACAACAUGCCAACCUCAAGCAUUUACAAACGAGCUUUCAGGCUUCAGCAGCUUAUGCAGGCGAAGAAAAAGGAACUUGUGAGGAGAGAUGAAGAAGAUGGAGACAGCAUUUUAUCCUCUGAUGCAGGGAGCGUCAAAAGGAAAAGCCAUAAGAAAAAUGUCAAAAAGAACCGGAUGAAAGCCCUGUAUGCUGCCGUGAUCGAGGCCAGGGAGACCAGUACCAAUCGACGUCUCUGUGAGCUUUUUAUGGUUAAACCAUCCAAGAAGGACUACCCUGACUACUACAACGUCAUUCUCGAACCGAUGGACCUGAAAACCAUCGAGUACAAAAUUCGAAAUGAACGCUAUACCACAGAAGAAGAGCUAAUAGAAGACAUGAAGUUGAUGUUCCGUAAUGCUCGGCAUUAUAACGAAGAGGGAUCUCAGGUGUAUAAUGAUGCAAACGUUUUGGAGAAGAUCCUGAAAGACAAACGCAAGGAGUUGGGACCUCCACCGGAGGAGGAGGAUGUGGGAUCACCUAAACUGAAAAUAAGAAAAAGUGGCGUUUCUCCAAAGAAGUCCAAAUACCUCACCCCUCUCCAGCAGAAGUUAAAUGAGCUCUACGAUGCUGUGCGAAAUUUUACCGACAGCCGAGGUCGACGUUUAAGCACAAUCUUUCUCCGUCUGCCUUCCCGUUCCGAGCUGCCCGACUACUAUGCCACAAUCAAGAAACCCAUCGACAUGGAGCGCGUCCGAAGCCAUAUGGCAACAGGCCGGUACCAAGACGUCGAAGCUCUCUUUGAAGACUUCGCUCUCAUGUUCAACAAUGCCUGCAUCUACAAUGAGCCAGAGUCUCUGAUCUAUCGAGACGCUCUAAUGUUGCAUCGCGUGUUGCUGGAGACACGAAAGCAGCAGGAGCGAGGGGAGGACACCGGUCCUCCUGCUGUGGGAUCUCUGGUGCGAGAGCUCAUCAGGAACCUGUUUGUGUCUGUAAUGAGCCACCAAGACGAAGAGGGUCGUUGCUACAGUGACUCGCUGGCUGAGAUCCCCGCUGUGGAUCCAGCUGCCCCGGAAAAGCCACCACUCAACUUUGAUAUCAUAAGAAUGAAUGUGGAGCGUGGUCGAUACUUGAGACUGGACAUCUUUCAGGAGCACGUGUUUGAAGUGCUGGAGAAGGCAAGAAGGCUACACAGGACAGACUCUGAGGCAUUUGAGGAUGCAGUGGAGCUUCAGCAGUUUUUCAUUCGAAUCAGGGAUGAGCUUUGUAAGAAUGGAGAGAUUUUACUCUCCUCUGCGCUCAGCUUUUCAGUAAAACACCUGCAUAACGACGUAGAGCAAGAAAAGCGGGAGAAAAUCCCCAGAGAGAUCGAGGAGGAUAAGCAAAAAAUAGCAGAAGAGGAGGAAAACAAAGACAGGAAAGAAGACUUGCCCAAGGAGGAGUGGCAGUCUGAGUCCGAGUCAAAGCGUGUGUACAUUCAGGACUGCAGCUUUGAAAACAGGACUUACCACGUAGGAGAAUUUGUCUAUGUGGAGCCAUCAGAACCAAACCUGAAGCCUCAUAUUGUCUGUAUCGAACGUCUGUGGGAAGAUGAAGCAGGUGGGAAGUGGCUUCAUGGCUGCUGGUUCUAUAGACCCAGUGAGACCUUUCAUCUUGCCACUCGCAAAUUCCUGGAAAAAGAGGUCUUCAAAAGUGACUAUUACAACAAAGCACCCUUCAGCAAAGUUUUGGGCAAAUGUGUGGUCAUUUUUGUGAAGGAUUAUUUCAAAAUGCAGCCCGAUGGCUUUAAACCCGAGGAUGUCUACGUGUGUGAGUCACGCUACGCUGCCAGAAAUAAGUCUUUCAAGAAGAUCAAAAUCUGGGCCAUGCCUGAGAGUUCUGUGAAGUUGGUACCACGGGAGAGUCCGCUUCCCGUUGUCCGUGUUGCUUCAAUGUUUGCCAAGCCUGACCUGGAAAAACUCACAGUGUCAUACAUUGACAGUGGCAGUUUUGUGGAAAAGGAGAGGGAAGAUGUCCCAAUGGAGAUGAAUGGAUCUGAGCCUGGCUGCCAGCAUUACGAACAGCUACGCUUCAACAGCAUGUGGUUUAAAGUGGGUGACUGCAUUUACAUCCGAUCACAUGGUUUGUCAAAACCUCGGGCUGCCAGGAUAGAAAAGCUGUGGGUACAGAAUGGAGUUACCUUCUUCUUUGGACCCAUCUUCAUUCAUCCUGAGGAAACUGUGCAUGAACCAACAAAGAUGUUCUACAAGAGAGAAGUGUUUCUGAGUCAUCUGGAGGAGACCUUGCCCAUGACUUGUGUCAUAGGCAAAUGUGCAGUGUCCUGCUUUAAGGACUACCUGUCAUGCAGACCAACCGAGUAUUCAGAGGAAGACGUUCUGCUGUGCGAGAGCCGCUACCAUGAGGCCGAGAAACAAAUGAAAAAGUUCAAAGGCCUGAAACGUUUCUCAUAUUCGUCCAAAGUGCUCGAGGAUGAGGUCUUUUACUUCAGGAAGCUGGUUGUGCCGCAAAAGGAAGCUUCACCCAUUUUGAACAAGAAAAUUGAUGAGCUUGAGAGUAAACUGGCAGACUUGGAGGAUGCAGAUGAUGACAUGGAAGAAAUCGAUGAAGAUGAAGAUGGUCCAUCCACGCCUUCUUUGCCUCAAAUGCAAACCUCUCUUUCAAGCGACAUGGAUAUGAUGCCCUUCACACCUUCCCAAGCCACUCCUAAGAUAAAAGGUUUAGCGAAGAAGGAAGGAGCCAAGAGGAAGAUCAACAUGAGCGGUUACAUCCUGUUCAGCAGUGAAAUGCGAGCAGUCAUCAAAGCCCGACACCCAGAUUUUUCUUUCGGAGAGCUGAGUCGAUUGGUAGGCACAGAGUGGAGAAACCUCGACGCUUCCAAGAAAGCAGAGUAUGAAGAGCGCGCAGCCAAAAUAGUGGAACAGCAAGAGCGUGAUAGGCCGUUCUACAAGCAUGGCUCCCCUAGAGCAGGUACCCCUGUAGGGGCACUGAUGGGGGUGGUGCCUUCACCCAGCACUAUGGGAAUGAUAAACCAGACCAUGACACCUGUGUCAGGCAUGAUGGGAGCUUAUGGCCCACCUUACAUGCCCAUGCAGGGCCCGCAUGAGGGUUUGCUUAGUGUGGCCCCAAUGCCACAUCACCUACCUCCUCACCAUCUCCAGCAAGGUAUGCCUGGAUACCCUGGCAUACCUCAUCAGGGUUUGAUGGGCGGAGGGAUGAAUGGCAUGGCAGGAAGUCCAGGACAAGGAAAUUUUAUCCAGCAGCCUGGGAUGUUCAGUCCAGGGCAGCAUGCCCCUCCACCAUAUCCAGGACAGGGCCAGCCAUCUCAUUUGCAGCCUACCACUCCCAUGUUUGUGGCUCCACCUCCAAAGACACAAAGGGUGCUCCACUCAGAGGCCUACCUGAAGUACAUUGAGGGUUUAAAUUCAGAGUCUAGCACUGUCAGCAAGUGGGACCAAACGCUCAAAGCUCAAAGACGAGAUGCUCACUUGACUAAAGAGCAGGAGAGUCGACUUCCAGCACACUGGCUGAAGAGCAAAGGAGCUCACACUACCAUGGUGGACGCACUGUGGCGUUUACGUGAUUUAAUGCUGAGAGACUCGCUGAAUAUUUGUCAGGCUUACAACCAGUGACCUCCUGAACGUAACCACUCACCUCAGUUAACUAUCCUUUAUCUUCAAGUUGUGAACUUUAGACCAUAGAAGCAAUAUUUUAUAGUGAAUCGUAACCGAUUUUAUAUUUAUUGGCUUGAGAAAUGAGCUUCUUAGUGAUUUGUGUGCGUUUUUACACUAUUUAGAAUACUAGUUCUGAUUCAUGUGACUUUUCUUAUUGAU